UUCAGAGAUUAUUUCACAUUUCAUUUGAUGGAGAACUCGUUGGCUCUCGUAAAAUUACGCGAGACCUUUAUUCGACAAGUUUUUCACAUUUCAUUUGACACAAGAUUCAUCGGCUCUCGUAAAGUUACUUCCGUCGGGACAUCCAUUCAAUAAUUCUUCCCUUCUGGUUUUAUUUCCUACCAGACUCUUCAAGUUUCGUUAAAGUCGUCGGAUCUUUCAUUUUAUUGAUUACGUUUCGAAUGGUCUUUCUCUGGAUAAUUGAACGCGACGUGAUUCAAAAACUAAUGAAAUUUUACAAAUUUUUCUAAUGUAUUAAACGCUGAUCAAGGGUUCUUUAAAGAAAGAAGAAAAAGCAGCUUCUUUGCCGUUUAAAUCGCUCAAUUAGAUUAAAUUCGUGAUUCUGGUGAUCGGUGACCUCCUACGCCUCAAUUACCUCAUUGAUAUCCCCCCAAUCUUCAUCGUCCAGCAAAGAAAUUCAACGUUCCAUGGUUUCAUGUCGACCAGCUGGAGGAGCGUGAUAUCUGAUCGCGAUAGCAAUCGAGGUUCCUUAGGAAACGUGACGGAGGCACGUAAUAAGAAACGGGGUCGAAAUUCGCGGCGUAACCGAGCGGAAAAAACGACAAAACGGUUCGCCGGAAAGCGCGACACUUAUCAAAUUAUCAAUUACGAUACCGGUAUGUUGAUUCAUGAUACUCUCGCGUGAUAUUACUGUGUUCUACUUUUUCAAAUGAAAACGAGAGGAGAGAGAGAGAGAGAGAGAAAAAAAAAGAACGACUCCUUACGGUAGAAUUUUUCACUUUUACACUCUCGUUGGUGGCGAUAUAACGAGAGUCCAUUGUAAUUCACUGGCCCAAGGAUAAUUUGCCAUUUACGACAUUACUGUCUUGCGAAGAAUAAUCUAUUCUCGUGCUUUGAGAACAAUUGGGUUCAUUCUGGACGUGGUAAGAUUUAACGACGAAUUCUCGUUACUUCUCGUGUCGGUCGCCUCGUAUAUUCCAGUCGGCCAGAUUUUCUGCUCAUUGUCAGAAGUAAGACCCCUCGACACUUGUUGCUCGCCAUCGACAUUUGUCUGCGGCCCGCCGUUCUAUGCGCCCUGUGCAUUUCGCUUUCGUGGUUGCAUUCUUUGUCAAGUUACACGUGUAUAUACACACACGUACGUACAUACGCGGAGGAUAGAGUUGAUAAUACGAGCUGGCUGGUAUUGAGUUUCCCUACUAACGAUUGUGCGCGGCCAUGUACGUCGUAUACCAUUGAAAACUUUUGCAUAAUACACGGAGAGAUGGUACCUCGUGAAAGAAAUCAGAGGGUGAGUUUCGUUCAUUGGUAACGAUCGUUGGGUUUCAUUUAAUUGUUCGACGACGUAUGGUCAAUGGUGACUUAGCUCUAUCCAAAACGUUAAUUUCAAUUGUAAAGAAAAAGAGUCACGAUAAAAGAAUUUCAUGUAAUAUUUUUAAUUGUAAAUGGAAGUCUUAGAAGGGAGAACUUUGGAAAGUGGGAUCUAGGGUUGCAACCUUUCAUAGACAUCCCCUUGGUCUUGAUAGCAAGUUUAAAGAGAAGACUUGACUUAGGUAAAGCUUAACUUACGGUGUCUCUGAAAUGAAACUAAUAUGGAGUUAGAGUUGACGAUAAGCACGGCGUCUAUGGAUUAAAUUGAAAUUAGAACAGCUGCGGAUUAGAUAUAAAUUAAGAGUGAAUUAAAUUCAAAUCCGAUUAGAACUUGAAAUUAGAUUCAUGGUAAAUUAACCGCACCUUAAAAUCUAUUCAGUGGCAACUUCUGCCAACCCAUAGAAACGCUAAUUAACGAUCGCCGUCCCUUAUUCAAGAGUCUGUCAAGUCGAUCCGGUGAAAUUCGUUGGAAAAAUAUAUGGUUCCGGUCGAGUUCCGGCGGAAACGUUCGUCGAAUUCAAACGUCGAUUUAAAAAACAAAAAAAAAAAGAAUGUAACUUUUGUCAUGUGACGUUUAUCGAAUCACAAAAUGGUGAUUUGGAUGGAAAUCAAAUUCACUUCGACGAAAUUCUGUAUUUCUUCUUUUUUAGUUAUUGCAAUGCGCUAUGAAAGAUAGAUCAAUUUGAAAGCGAGCCAAAAUUUUCUCUGUCGGAAAGUCACGUCAAAAUUCCGGACGUAACUACAUUUGCAUCACUAAUGCAUCUCCUUCGUCAAAACAAAUUUUCCUCGUUUCUUUUUUUUCACUUUCUUUUUAGACCGUUCUUAGUGGUACAGCGACGAGAGAAAAGGGAGAUGGGAAACCGAGAAUCAGAUUAAAACAGCCUAAAGCGUGGUUUGCGAUAGAGAAUCGUCAAAAGUUUCUUACUCUUCUUGGAUUCUUUAUAAAAGCAUGGAAGUAUAGAUGUAUAUGCAAAUUUUUUAUACUUUACUAAUUUUUUUAAUGAUUCUGUUAUUAAUUUUGCCAUUUUAAAAUGAUUAUUUUUCAAUGACAGAAUAAGAAAAACCAAUAGUGGCAAAGAGGUAAAACGAAACUUACAAUUUCCUCGGAACCGUAGUUGAAAAAAAGGAAAGAAAGAAAAGAGGAAAUGCCUUGGGCGGAAAGUUGGGGCGUGUUUCCAAAAGCAGUGACGUCCCUUUAAUUACACGGGGCCUGCGUUGUCGAUAGCUCGUGAUAUAUUGCCUGUAAGAUACGCCCGGGGAAAAUGUACGUCCAUUUCGUGGCGAGAAACAGAAACAGAUGACAGGAUAUUGCCUUCGCGGCCAAUAAUCCGUUGUCAUUACUUCGUUACAGAGCGCAUUAUUGUCGCCGAAAGCCUUUACAUUGAACCUAGUCUUCGUUUUUCCCAUCGGACACGAUGAUAUUUUUAUUUUUACCUUCUCAACAAAGAGGAAUUUCCUUUGCCGUCUCAGCUGAAACUCGUUGCUUUUCAGUUUCCUCUUUUUUACUUUAUCGUCGGAUUUCAGCCGCUCUUCCUUCGAUUUUUAUACGAAAACAAUGAAUUGUUGGUUCGUGGAAAUUCUAGAAAGGACGGUUGUAUCGUAUCGAGGUAGAAUUUUAUUGUAAAUUUACUGGAAUUUGAGGAGCGGUACGGUAUAUAACAGUUUCGUUCAGGUAUUUGUAAAAUGUUAAAGAGCGCCAUAACAACGUACGUUCCGUGUUUAGAAAAUAAUAAUAUCAACUAAAAUAGUGGAGAGAUUUAACAUUGAUUUUACACGACCAACAAGAACAUUGUUAAACCAACCUUGUAAAGUUAAAAAAAGGCAUUUCCUUUCUCCGUCUAUCGGUAUUGAAAGCCUGCCAAACACCCCUGUACCGAUCAAUCAAUUUUCCAAAUACAUCCAAUACCACCCCCUCGAAUCUCGUGCCUUUCCCAUCCCAGUUUAAAUAUUUCCUCGUUGAAGAAUCUCGACACAAAAGUAGAAUGUCCCUUCGCUAUGAGAAGAUACGUAUUUCACCGUGUAUUUUAAGAUACCUCGUAACACUAUUCAUACGGGAUGGAAAUGUUUGCAUCACUCCUACGAUUGCCAGAAUGUCGAAGGCGUGACAGGAAAACGCCAUGGCUGGGCAAACAUCGAAUUUUUCUUCCCCGUGUGAGAAUAUUUAGCCAGAGGUUUUUGCAUAGCCAUAAGCGACCGUCACGUCGAACAGCAUCGAUAACCCAUAAUCAUUGCUGUCCCGUCGCAUCGGCAUGAAUAAAACAAACAUAAGUUUUCGCAGUGAAUUCAAUAUCUAGUCGGCCAGCAAGCAAGCAAGCAAGCUUCGUGCUGGAGUGAUGGAAGGAUGGGGAGGGUGAGAGUAAGGGGGGGGGGGAGCAAUCAGUUGCAGCCGCGUGCAUAGACAUUCGGAUGCAUGGCUAUCGCGACCGACUGCUUGCUUCAACUCGAUGCCUGGGGAUUCGCUAAAAUUGACGAAGUUUCACGUCGGAACGAGGAUUUUCCUUCUGGAAAAUGCCAACGUUUUUCUGCCCACCAAUUUCUUUACAUUUCACCAACUUAUUCCCGAUUCAUCGGGGAUUAAAAAAUCCUGGCCCUGAUUUAAUGAUAGAAACUUUGAUAAAAAUGCAAAAACUUGCAAAAAUUAUUUCAUUUUAUCGAGUACAAUACCGUACUCGAUGUAUGUUAUUUGCAAUUAUCAAGAAAAAUCUAGAUUCUUUUUUGCUGUCACUGAGACAAGUCUGAACCUGUGGCAGAGCAAAUGUCGAUCUCUAAUGAAGCUGAAAAACACGGGCGAAGUCUUUUAGUCACCACCUACCCUGUCACGUGCUGACAUUUGUAAUUGGGGCUACGAGCUCCUGAUUAAGGGGGCGCAACGAUUUUCUCGCAGGGCUUAUGUGCGAUCGAUUUUUUUCGACCAGCUUUUCACAUUUACAUUCAUCCUGCAUUUUAUGCAAAUGCAUCUCACAGAAUUAAAAAAAAAAGAGAAGAGUAAAAUGAAUCCUUCGUUGACUAUCAUCAUUCUGAAUAAUCAAUCGAUCAAUUUCUUAAUCAAAUCAGCUUCAAGUACCAAAAAUUCGUCGUUCCUCAGGGUAUACCAUUUUUUGACCAAUUUCGAAGUCUCUUCAAGAACGUUGGUGUAUCAUGGUAUUCCAAGGGCAUGAUCGAGUUAGGGUUCUUCUAUUUCACGUCGGUGCACGGUGAACCGGAGGAACGACGAGGCCUGGAAAGCGGCGUUUCGGGCAAUGCCGCUUUGAAAAUCGAUAAGCGGCUCCGCGUAGUCGACCAGUCAGGAGCUUUUCGGUGUAUCCGUGCUGGAGAUCCUGCCUGGUCACGUGGCGCUGCUUACGUUGGCGAAACACCAAGCAUCAGCUUAAAAUUACACCCUAAUAUCGUGACACGCUCGUCGAUAGACCUUUCCGAAAGAUCAGGGACAUCAUUGAUCUAAGCCAGGACUAACUUUGACUUAAAUUCCUUUCGUCAAUUUAUCUCUUCCUUAUGGUCGCUUGAUUCGUUCAAUUUUGUAAAAUAAUAUUUUAGAUUGCUCGUAUUACCAUUUUCUUCUUUUACCUUUUAUCUACGACUUACGACUUUAGACUUACGGCUUCGAGUUGGAAGUUCUGAAAGUUUUCAUUUAAUUAUAUUCCGAGCUGUUGAGAUUAAAACGUGCGAUUAAAGAGGCUGUAAUUAAUUGCAUCUAUCGGAUGACGCGAGACGAUUGAUCGAAUUAAUCAGCCCGACUGUUCGAACGUCGGUGAACAGUAAUAGCCGUGACACAAUAAGUGGAAGCUAGGAAACUUAGAAUAGCCUCUGGAACGAAGAGAUCGGUAACUGGUAUACCGAUCACCUCGGAUCUUCGGGUUUCCAAAUGAAAUUCAACCGGCUACGUUCAAUCAGCCUGGUUAAUUAUUUAAAAUCCUUUGUGCCGACAUGAGAGGCGGAAUAGAAAAUAGCUGGCUAAAUUUAACAGCAAGGUUGUUAAUUGUUCCGAGCUGUAACUCUCUCCAACUCCGUGUUUCCGACUAUCCUAACUUCGUUGUUUCAAACGGUCGAGUAAAAUAAAAAAACAGUUCCCCCGAUUGAUUUGAUCGAUAACGUUGUUAAUUACUUCAAGUAGAAACGUCCCGCGGAAGUUAAAUUAAACGAUCAAAUUGCUAAUUAUUCCAAACAAGAGUGAAACGGGGUACGUCUGACCAAAUUCCGGGAUAAACUACUCGAAGCAUUUCCCUCGAAGUAAAAGGAGGGUUGAAAAAUGUUUCGUAAGCAAUUUAAUUUCCCUCAAAGAGAAUCUCUGAUCAUCGCAGAGUGGCUAGGGAAAAGACUAGGUCAGUCGAUUCGAAACAAACAACUCUAAUUAUCCAAUUACUGUAACAUCCAUUGAUGCUUUUGUUAAAUUUCUGUUCUUUUUAUCCUCUCUGAAAUAACAACGUAACAAGGGUAUAUAAAUAAAUAAAAUCGUACGGUUGGAAAGCGAAACGUUAGGUCGAAAGAAUGUCUGGAGUAGGUCGCUAGUAGUUAGCGAGGCACAGGUGUACCUCGUCCCGAAGGAGGCGAGGAACCAUCCUUGCUUCGCUUCGUCCUGGGCCGAGAAGUGCGCAGACGUCCUGCCGGUGGACGAGGAUGGUCGGAGUCGGAGGAAGCGCGCGUGGAGGCGCGAAACGCUGGUUGCCCGUGUCCGGAAGCAUCGAUGUGGGCUCUUGGUGAACGUCGAGGAGGGCCGGAGGCCGGAGGAGAGAACGAGCUCGAACUAGCCCGCUCACGAAGGGUGGAAGAGCGAGAGAAAAGGAUACGCGGUCGCGCAUGCGUUCCAUCAGCCUCCGGAACACGGCUGACAGAGAUCUAGAUGGAGUACGGAUCGGCUUGUGACGGGAGGGACAGAGAAGGACAGACGGAGGGUGGAGGAGAGAGGGAGAAGGAGGAACGUAUACACUGGUCUCAUAGGGCAGUCGUUCCUCCUUCGUCGUUCCUUCGCAAGGCGCAGACCGCUUUUUAACAAAAUUAUUCUGUAUAUCCCGUGAGGGAGAGGAGAAAAAAAAAAAAAAAAAUAGGCUGCUUGGCUCGCGUUUCGCCUGUCAUCAGGCUGCUGCCGUUGGUGGAGGCGCAUUGACUGACUCGCGUGGUCCGUUCGUUCCGGGAUUCGGUGGUGUCUGCUGGCGUAACGUACAAGUGGUGGCUAAGUGGUGUGCUGCCGGCGAAGAAGCGAGAGGAGGAGGCGGUUGAAGAAGAAUAAGAAGAAGAAGAAGGAAGGAGAAGCAAGGCGACGUGGUCCUUUUCGUCGUCCACGAAUUGAGCCGAAUGAUGUGCAAUUGACGAAGAUCGCGCAGCGCAAGGAAUGGCCCCAUUCAGUUCCGUCUUCCUGGGCGUCUGGGGAGUGUUUGUGAUCGUUUUGAUACAAGAAUCUAGGCCCGUCAGCUGGGAAGAAUGGUGGACCUAUGACGGUAUUUCCGGUCCUGGCUUCUGGGGUCUCAUCAAUCCGGAAUGGUGGCUGUGUCACAAGGGCAGACGACAAUCACCGGUGAACCUGGAACCAUCCAGGCUACUCUUCGACCCGAAUCUACAACCCCUUCACCUGGACAAGCACAGGGUCGGUGGUGUUCUCGCCAACACAGGUCACAGUGUGGUGUUCGCGGUGGACAACGAUACGCGACAUCCGGUUAACAUAUCUGGGGGACCUCUCAGUUAUCGUUAUCAGUUCCACGAGAUCCAUCUGCACUUUGGACUGGACGAUCGGACCGGUAGCGAGCAUACCGUCGAUGGGCAUGCCUUUCCGGCGGAGCUACAAAUAUUCGGAUUCAACUCGCAGCUGUAUAACAAUUUCUCGGAUGCGUUGCACAGGGCGCAGGGCAUCGUGGCGGUGUCCCUUCUCCUUCAGGUUGGAGAUCUCUCGAACCCUGAGCUACGAAUAUUCACUGAACAGCUGGAUAAAAUCAGAUACGGAGGCCAGGCGAUGGAGAUUAAGCGUUUCGUGGUGCGGGAACUCUUGCCGGACACGAAAUAUUACAUGACGUACGACGGCUCCACAACUAUGCCGGCCUGCCACGAGACCACCACGUGGAUCAUCCUGAACAAGCCGAUAUACAUCACCAAGCAGCAGCUUCUCGCUCUGCGACAAUUAAUGCAAGGGGACAAGGAUCAUCCGAACGCGCCGCUUGGGAAUAACUUCAGACCUCCGCAACCGCUUCAUCAUCGUCCCGUUCGAACGAACAUCGACUUUAAUGUUCAGGGACCGAAGAACUGCCCGACGAUGAAUAGAGACAUAUAUUACAAAGCUAAUAGCUGGAAAUAACCCCGUGGCGAACGACGGGGACGAUUGGCGUUCGCAUUUAACUACGCUUUCCCUGGGACGAGUUGGAACUACGCUGUUAAGAGGAUAAGAACUCACUGACAUAUCAAUUAAAAAAAGAAAGAAAAAAAAUAUGAUCGAUUCGAGCAGAUCUUUAAGAUCGAAAGAGAGAUAGAAUGAGUGCAAGAGAACGAGUGAACGAGACAGAGGAUGAAUGAACGGAACAAAAAAAAAAAACGAGAAAGGUAAAAGAGAAGAACAAGAUAAAAAAAAAACACUGCUUCGUUGUAACUAUUAGACGUGAAUUUGCCAAGUAUGUUUCCAGUAACGUGAACAAAAGAAAAAAGAAAAAACAAAAAAAAUGAAAAACCCAGACACAGACAUACAAAACAGACACAGAAGAUAUACCUAUAUAUAUACAUAUAUAUAGAGUAACAAUUUAGCGGAGAUAAGGUAAACGUAAGAAUUAAACGCAAGAUAUAUUAUUAUACGUAUAUCGAUCAACUAUCGAAGAAAGCUAUGACUAUCGUGGCCUGCGUCCGGGGGUCGAUGGUGAUGCUACGGAGGGGGUGGGUUUCCACAGGAACAGUAAGAAAUAGUAACGCGAGAUUCUAUAUGUAUAAAAAAAAAAAGGAAAAAAAAAAUGAAACAAGAUUCACGCGUGAUGAAAGCACGCGUACACACCAAAAUCACAAACACGCGCAUACAUAUCUACCUACAUGCAUACAGGUACAUGUUGACAUCCACAUGCAUACGUAUACACAUACACACUAUCGAGCGAAAGUUUAUACUAUAUUCUUGUAAUAAA